AUGGGCGCUCUCAAUUUUGCUUUCCCCUUCACGGUUUUUCUUUACCUGUUACCAUCGUUGCCGUUUUCUCAGCACGCCUAUGAUCUUGAAAAAGUGGCAACAAUCGCACCCGAGCAAUCAAACAAUCUUGUAGAUAUCGUUGGCAUACCGAAAGAAAUUCACGGAGAUAACGGGAAGAUCGAAUAUAAACUUGUGGAUGAUUCCUCGAAUCCGACGAUAGUAUUGAAGCCUGUGAGAGACUUGGCAAAAGCGAACGUAGAUUUUCAAGCUAAAGUCGAAUCGAAAAAUCUCCCGUUAAGCUCCAUUCGCGGAGACAUCUCAACGAACGUCCAGCUCGUGAAUCAAGCGAAAAGGUUACAAAACGCGCUAUCGAAAGAGCUCCCAGAGAGUUUUCGUCGAAAGAAGAAUGAGUUAAAAGCUCGACGAGGGGCACCAACCAGAAACACGACGGCAGAAAACAAGAAAGACACGAAUGUUUUUCACCUGUACAUCCCGGAUAUUAACGAUGUACUGAGAGAGAAGUUCGCCAAGGCGAAUGUGCAGCUUGGAUUGGACGUCGGCGUGACGUCGAAAAAGGACGCGGACGAGAACAAGAUCGAUGUCUUGGUCGUCAAUAAUCGCUCGAGGGGAAAGAAAAAUUAUAUCCGACUCUGCGAGAGAUUAACCGACGGAUCGAUAACGAGUCUGAUGCAGAAACUGCGUGGCAAAGACUGCGUGAAGCUCUCGACCAGUGAAUUCUAUCUGAACUCGGGUACGAGCAGCACGAAUUGGAGAAACAACGACACGGUUAAGCUUGUAGAAUCGAAAAUCGGAAUGAGGGUUGAAAACGGGAGGGAUUGUACGGAUGUCGAAAGCGGAAGUAACGAAAAUAAACAGCGGGAAAAAACGAUGGACGUCGAUGCUUCGAUUUCUGAUAUUUCGGCUAAUUACGAUGAAUCGGGCAUGAAAGUAGCCGACAAACUUGGAUCGGGGUUGAACAUCAAGAUGAUCGAUGAUAGAAUCGCUAACCUCUUGAACGACGGUAAACUUUCGCUAUCAGCAUCGACUGCGCUAAAGGUGUGA